AUGGGAGAAUAUAAAUUUGAAAAAUGGGCGUUUAAUGAUGAAAAAUUAAAAACUGAAGCAAUUACUCAUAAAUCCUAUGCCGCCGAAAAUCCUGGAAAUGGUCCACAUAAUGAAAGAUUAGAAUGGAUAGGAGAUUCAAUAAUCACUACUGUUGUCUCCGAUUAUCUCUUCCUUAAUUUUCAAGAUCGUAAUGAAGGUUCUCUUACUAAUUUAAGAUCAAAAAUUGUUUGUAAAGAAACAUUAGCAAAGUUUGCUCGUAAAUUGGAAUUAGAUAACGAGCUAUUGUUGGGAAAAGGUACUAUGGGUGAUAGAAAUAAUGAUAGACUUUUAGAAGAUACUUUUGAAGCAUAUAUUGGUGCUAUUUAUUUGGAUUCUGGAAGAAAUCUAAAUGAUGUUAUUAAAUUUAUGGAACCAAUUAUUAAACCAUAUGUGGAAGAAAUGGCUGCAAAUGAUCUUAAUAAUAAUGUAUCUUCCGCUAAAGAUUCUGAACCCGUAUAUGGCCCUAUGAAUAAGCAGAUAGAAUCAGGGGAUCCUAUAGGAAUGUUACAAAGUUGGGCUCAAUCUAGAGCAUUUCAAAUACCUGAAUAUAAAUACACGGAAAUCCCAUUAGCUGAUAAUAAAAUUGAUUUUGAGUGUGAAGUCAUUAUUGAGGGUAAAAGUUAUGGUGUUGCCUCGAGUGGUAAGAAGAAAGAUGCAAGGAAAAAAUCGUCGAUUAUUGCAUUAGAAAGUUUGGGCAUAACUAAUUAUAACCCUUAA